CAUUCAAAGGGGAGAAGGAGGCACAGAGUGUGAGGAAGAGGAGAGGUCAUCAUAUGAUACGAGAGUCUACUGAUUCCAGCAUUUUUAUAUAUUUUUUAUUUGCUAGCAUCAGCACGUGCUGUCGCUACUUUUUCCCAUUCCUAUUAAUCUGACUGGUGUAUACAGACGUAUUUUUUCCUUUAGGUUUAAGUUACAGACACAACUCUGGAAACUUUGGAAAAGGAAGAGAACUGCACUGUCUAAAUGUAGACACUUCCCAGGUUUUUGUUUUGAUUGUUUAAACUUUCCUGACACAAAUCUGGACAGAGAUUCCCUCUUCACCAUGCCGGGCCGGUGGAACCUCCUGAUACUGGCUCUGUACCUUUCCUUCUUUGUGGUCCAGUCGAAACCAUCCUGUCCUAAAGGAUUUUAUCUCUCCAAGAGAGACUGCAUCGAUGUGGAUGAAUGUGCUGAGGAUGAAGAGAAUCCCGAGUACGUUGGGCCCUGUGGAGAGAAUGCAGUCUGUCUCAACACAAUAGGAAGCUUUUACUGCCAGUGUAAAGAUGGUUUUAUAUCAUCAAUGAACACAAAGAACUUUUCAGCUGAUACGUCUGCAACAUGUAAAGAUGUCAAUGAGUGUUUGGAGAACCCGGACUUAUGUGGACCCAAUGCCAAAUGUUUCAACACAAUUCCACUUUAUUCCUGCAUUUGUGAUGAUGGAUUCAAAACCACUACUGGAGUGGAAAUGUUCCGCUAUGGUGACAAUGUGACAUGUAGAGAUAUGAACGAGUGUGAAGACGAAAAGAUUUGUGGUGAGAGUGCGAGAUGCAUCAACACACCAGGCAGUCACUACUGUGUCUGCAAUGCUGGCUUUGGACUGGAAUCUGGCAGGUUUAACUUCUCUGGGGGUCAGGAGCGAUGUGAAGACAAAUGUCUGAUUGAUAAGACAAUAUGUGGAAAUGGAACGUGCCACCGUGGAGCCAGCGGCCAUUACUGUGCAUGCCAUGCAGGGUUCACCAACUAUGGCAACAACCAGUCUCAGUGCACUGCGUUAGACUGUGAUGUUUUCAAAGACAUAGACCAUCUGAAAGAGGAAUCAUCCGUUGCACAUGAUCUUGUGAUGCGGUUGAGAAAAGGCUGCUUGGAGCUCACAGAAAGUGAGGAUCCAACAGAACUGGAUGGAGAGGACAUACUGAAGAGACUGUUGGCCUUGAUCGACAAGCUCUUGUCUGGCAAACCCUUCAAAGAUAACAGGAAAGUCUCCACCAUUCUGGACCUGGUGGAAAACACUCUGAGGCUCAUUGGACCUUUCAUUACACCACCUGGGACAAAGAGAUCCACCACUCACACAGAGCUGGAGCUGCUGGUGCAAAUGGGGGCUGACUUACCUCAGGGACCUGUAACUUUAUCAUCUAAGCAAGCCCAUCUGGACAUCCGGAUGGAGACAGCUGCUGGAGAUCUCUCCAAUUACCCUGGCUUUACUACAGUGUCCUUGCUGAGCUAUGCAAACCUGAACGACUCUACAGACGGCUUUUUUAGUGGGAUGAAACCAAAAGCGAAGCAAAACUUUAGGAUCAACUCUAAAGUUGUGACUGCCACUGUCAGUAACAGAAACACCAGUCACCUCGAAGAACCAAUCCUAUUAACUUUCCACCACCUGAAUCAGACAAAUGAAUCCAGCCACAUCUGUGUGUUCUGGAAUUCCUCUGAGGGAGGUGGGACGUGGUCUGACAGUGGGUGCAGUGUGGUGGAGUCCAACUCUGAAUACACCGUGUGCUCCUGCAACCACCUGAGCAGCUUUGCGGUGCUCAUGGCGCUCUAUGAGAUGGAGAACAAGUUUGAGUUGCAGCUGAUCACCUGGAUUGGUCUGUCCUUCUCAUUAAUUUGCCUGUUCAUCUGCAUCCUGACGUUCUCAUUGAUCCGCUCCAUUCAAAGCCCGAGGACCACCAUCCACCUGCACCUCUGCAUCAGCCUCUUCAUCGCCGUCCUCAUCUUCCUUGCAGGCAUCUCCCGCACAGAGAACAAGGUUGGCUGUUCAGUGGUUGCAGGGCUGCUGCAUUUCUUCUACCUGGCGGCGUUUUGCUGGAUGUGUCUGGAGGGCAUACAACUCUUCAGAAUGGUAGUCCUGGUCUUUAACACCAACUUCAAGACCCUUUACAUGAUGGCAGGAGGCUACGGAGUCCCAGCUGUGAUCGUCGGUAUCUCCGCCCUAGUUAAACCCAAGGGAUACGGCACUGAGAGAUAUUGUUGGUUGAACUUGAAUUCCAUUUGGAGUUUCUUUGGCCCUGCCUGUGUCAUCAUCUUUGUCAACAUUUUGUUCUUUCUCAUCACGGUGUGGAAGUUGGCGCAGAAGUUCUCAAGUUUAAACCCUGACCUUGACAAUCUGCAGAAAAUAAAGGCGUUCACCAUCACUGCAGUGGCUCAGCUCUGCGUGUUGGGCACCAUGUGGAUCUUUGGUUGCUUCCAGUUUGAGGAGGGCACCAUUGUCAUGUCCUACCUGUUCACCAUCCUUGGCAGCCUUCAAGGGGUUAUGCUCUUCGUCAUGCACUGCCUUUUUUCCAAACAGGUGAGGGAAGAGUAUGGAAACAUCCUGUCCAGAUGCUGUGCACCGAGGAAGAAGAGCUACUCGGAGUUCAGUUCCUCGUACUCAGGCAGAGCUCAGGCAUCCAAGAGCACCCCGGACACUGGCGAGUCUCACAUCUGAGGAGCGUGAAAAAAAUCAGAUUCUUUCCUGAAGACUGCCAUCUCAGAUAUUCAGUCAACUGCUGUCCUGCCAUUUGUAGCCAAUGCAGCUGUUUUGUUUUACUGCAAAAAGUUGUAAAUAGUUUAUUUCUAUUGUUUUAUUUACUUUGUUGUUAAUGAGCUGGUCUUUGUAUUUUAAGCUAUCGAAAGGGAACUGUUGGUUGUUACAUAUUUUUUUUAAAUUAGGGAUUUCGGUCAAUGAGAAAAUAAGAAAUGCCACUCCACAUGCGUAUCACUAUAAAAAAGACUAAUCUGUCCUCAAUAACUUAAUGUUUUGAUACUGAAGCAAAACUAGUAUGACGACUCAUGGUCAAAGAACAUAGUGUGCUUUACUUUAACUGGAAAAAAAACUGGAAAAAAUAAAUCUCAAAAAGAUGGAUGGUAUUUAUGAAGACCUGUGUAAUCAGGUGUAUGUAAUAUGGCUUAUUGUGUCCUCCAGGUACUUUAUGCAACAUGCAAAGACAAUCUGGGAGACAUUUCAAGUCAAAAAUGAUAUUAUUUAAACAUGACAAACAAAGAAGAGGAUAUAAUAAUGAGAAAAUAAUAUUUCAGAUGUAUGUUUGUGUAUAUACUGAUGGGCAAAAUAUUAUAUAUUACAGUAAGUGACUGCAAUCCUGCUCUGUUUCAGCGUUCUGUAACAGGUGUUGUAUUAUAUCUAAAUAUAUUUGAAAAGAGUUUUUUAUUUACCAAGUUCUGCUAAAAAGUGUUUUAAAACUUGAAUGUUCAAAGAAUGCCUAUCCUGCAAGAUUUAAAUGAAAUAAAUAUUCUGUUGUACUUCA